AUGGAUGGGCGGUGGCCCCCGUACGUCAAUCGCCCUCCGCCCCCUCCACCACCGCCGUUACCUCAACAUCGCCCUCCGCCCCCGCCCCCGCCGUCGGGGUACGCGUAUCCGCCGCAGUACGGCGCGCACGCGUACGAUCAAAGUGGAUUCCAUCACCGCGCCGCGCCGACGCCGCCGAGCGCGACGCCGCGGGACGUCGAACCCGAUGGGAGCGUCGACGUCGAUGCGGACGCGCUGCGGGCGAUGCCCAAGGAAGAGCGGCGAGCGUUGGCGCGAAUAGCGAAGGCUUUGCUCGCGUGCAAGGACGAAGACGUCAAGGCGGAGCUCGCGGCGGAGUUGCGGAAGCGGUGCGCCAGAGCGGCGGCGAACGCCGAGCGUGACGUGAGCGAGCACCCGGCGCCGGUCUCGCCGACAUUGAGCGAACGCUCGUUUGGGCGCGAGUCGGAGGCGACGACGACGGGGAGAGUGGAAGCGAGAGAGGCGAAGCCGCCGCGGUUCGGGGCGGCUGUGUACGCUCGCGCGGAGGCGAGCGACGCGCCGGCGAUUGAGGCGAAGACACAGCCGAAGAAGCGGAAGACGAUGAGCGAGGCGUCGCAGAAUGUUGAUUUCGCGACGUCGGAGGAGCGAUCGGCGCGAGACGAUCGAGCGCGGAGGUUCGCGCGGGAGGCGUUGGAGUUCUCGCGAGAGGUUGCAAAGUCAAAAGGUAGAGGAACGCCGACUAUGCAAGAGAUGAAGAUGAUCGACGCGAGUGCGGUGGGCACGAACAAGUCACUAGAGAAGACAUAUCUCAGACUCACGGAGGCGCCUUCCAUGGCGACGGUGCGACCGCCGAGCGUUUUGGAGCGCGCGUUGGAGUUGGUGAAGAGCAAAUGGCGAGCGAAUAAAGACUACGAGUACGCAAAGGAUCAGUUGAAGUCGAUUAGGCAAGAUCUUACGGUACAACACAUUCGCGACGGCGCGUUGGUGUUGGAGACGUACCAGACGCACGCUCGUGUCGCGCUCGAGUGCUGCGAUCUCGCUGAGUACAAUCAAUGCUCGGCGGUGCUCAAAUCGCUGCACGCCCACGCGCUCGAGCGCGCGGUCGCGGAGACAUCGACGUCCCGGAGCACGAAGAAACGGAAAAAGUCCAUGGAGAACGCCAAAAGACACUCGUUUGGGGGUGGCGAGGCGGGCAAGGACGGCGCGGAUAAACUCGAAGGCGUGGACGACAUCGCUGAGUUCGCGGCGUACAGGUUGAUUUACGCAGCCGGCGCGGGGGCGAAAAGCGAGCGCGCCGCCGCCCUCUCCAGGGAACUGCGCGACGUCCCUGACGUGCUCAAGACGCACGCAUACGUCAAGCACGCGUUUCAAGUUUGCGAAGCGUUGGCUUCCUCCAACUUCCACCGCUUCUUCUCGCUGUACGAUAUCGCUCCGAGAAUGAGCGCGCAUCUCAUGGACGUCAUGUCGCCGGCGGUUCGCGCGGACGCCUUCCGCGCCCUCCUCCGCGCGCACGCCCCCACGAUCCCGGUCUCCUUCAUCGCCUCCUCUCUCGGUUUCUCCACCGACGACGAGUGCGCGGAGUACCUCGAAUCCAACCACUCGUGCGCGUUUCGAGACGCCACCCGAGCGGACGUCGAUGUCAAAGCCACGAACGCCGAGCUCGCGAGCGCCGCCGACGCCAAUCGCGUCUCCGCCCUCGACCGUCUCAGCCGCUUCUAG